AACUAUGCGUGUAUGUGUGUAUGUUUAUAUGUAUGUAGAUAAUAUGUGACGUAUGAUCGUCCAAAGAUUUAUUUAUUCACUAUUGUGCACGUUUCUACCACGUUGACGACGUUGAGCUCUAACGAUAAGAGAAAGUAACGGUAGCGGAACAUCGUUAACAGGACGAUGUCUCUCUCUCGACGUCAAUAUUUUCAUUAAUAUGUUGAUAAUAUUGGUGACGGUUCUACUAUUGACUAGACCAUGCAGUGUAAAUAAUCAGUGUUUAAUCUAUCAUUGUUAAAAAAAAAACACACACACAAAAGACACAUUGAUCAUUUGUUUUAUGCAAACCUCGCGAUAUUUUUUCUUCAUUUAUUACACGUUCAUUAAACGGUCAAAGAGUUGCGUAUUCGGUAUAUUCAUUAUAAUAUAUAUGUAAUACAUAAACGCAUUUACUUAUGUAGACAGGGUUUUUAUAAUAUUUCCCGAACAAUAUAAAUUGCUUUCAUUUGAUUUAAUCGGUAUUUGGAAUUGACUACACGACAGUAUUCGACGCUCAACAUUGAUUGAAAUCGUUGUUGAUCGAUGUAUAUUGAAAUUUUUCAAACCAACGCAUUUCUCAAUCUUUUUCGGCUGUAUAAUUUGAGUGAUACCGCGGUCCAAAUGUUCAUGCAGCAUCAAAUUUCAAGCAAAUCUAAAAUUAAUCAUUAUCCUUAAUUUAGUAUAAGUGAAAUCAAGAGUGCAAAACUGCGUACUAUUUGGUUCUUGAAAACAUCAGAAUGCCAUUAUACUCGAGAUCGGACAAUUGGGCCUCGAAGCUAGUGAUCGUUCUACAGUUCACAGCUUGGAUCUCAGUUGGCAUAGUUCUUCUUCAAAAAGGCGUUACCUCCUUGCGAAGUCAGUCCAUGAUAGAGACAAAUAGGAACAUUCAGGAAACAAACGAUACGACGAUCAAAUAUUUCAAUGAGAAAACAAAGAGAACGACGGAUCAAGAAGACUUAUCUAGCUAUAUUACAAAAUCUAAAGAACACUCAAUAAAGAAAUUGUUCAAAUCAUAUCCAGAAAAAGCAAAUGAUAAUAUAUUGGAAAGACAUUCGAGCAGACGUUCGAAUACAAAUGAAAAGUAUUACGAAGAUAUCGGUGAUAACAUUUCGAACGUGAAUUGGCUUACGAAAGAAUCGAAGGAAAAUAAACAAGAAGAGGAGAAGGAUAUAAUUAAUUUAAAUAAGAUAGUCACUCGCGCCAGCAUCAAUGAUUCAUCGAUAUUUAAUAAAAAGCAAGAUUACAAAAAUACUACCGUUGAUUCCGAAAAAAGCAACAAUUCUAAUGUAACAAGUUUGAGAAAUGGAAAAAAAUUACGUGCUCGUAUGAGCGGUGGAGCUGCGGCCGCCAUUGCUAUGGUUGCUGUUGGUGCUGCGAUGCUCGUUGUUGGACCUAUGGUUAUCGCUUUACGUGCACUCGAUAAAAGACGACAAGAAAGGAGAUACUUAAAAUCAUUGGGGUGGAAUGAUCAACCCCCCACUUAUGAACAAGCGACUUUAAUGAGCGAAGUUCCGAGAUAUUCUACCUUAAAUUUGAAUACUACCGUCCACAGUUCCUGCGUUGCAUCCCCGUCUGCAUGCUUACCCGUAAACCCCAGUUAAAGAUCUCCCUAGGUUAUUAUAUUUAUAUACUCAACACAAUGAAUACGCAUUACGAAAUACGAAUUAUAAUCUUCCUCUUUCUUUUUUUCUUAAUCAUAUAUACAAGUACAAUGCACAUUAUAUAAUUUUAUAUUUCACAAUCAAAGACAAAAAGCACUGAAUUUUAUCGUAGAUGUAUUAUAUUUAGUUUCGUUUCGUUUCGUCUCGUUUUUUAUACAUACAUAUAUAUUAUUAAUUUAAAAGAGAAUUAGAUUUCGUAUUUAUAUAUAGCGUGUUAAUAAAAUUUCUUUGAAGUUCGUGCAAACAUCAGCCAAUUGAAAAAAAAAUCAAUCUUCGAAAUAAUCGAAGCAAUUGGUAUGGUGCCUUAAAACUACAUAAUUAACUGCCCAAAACUCCGUAAUUAUAAGGUGUAUAUAAAUAUAUAUAAUAUUAGUUUUAAAGGAAUAGAUCUGAAUUUUUGUUUAAUGGAUAAUUCAUGAAAUAUAUUUCUUUUUUUUUAGUUUUUUUUAUCAACUUAAUUAAAUCAACAAAUUAAUUGGCUGAUUGUAAGAUAAUUAACAAGUACUAAGAAGCGUUUAAGCGUUUAUCUUCAUUUGCUUAUUAUCAAUGCAACAUAGUUAUGUAGUUACGCAUACGAUGUUUUAACUAGGAAACAAUUGAAGUAUUUCAUUGAAAAAAGGAAAGAAAUUGAAACGUAAAUAAUAAUCUCCCGUCCUCUCCCCCAUCUGAGAUUCCUCAAUAGAUUAUUUAGAAUUGUCAAUAAAUUAUUUAUACGAUUUUUAAAAUUGUGAGUAAAGAUUCUAGUCGAAUCGAAUACACGAUAAUUAUUAUAUUAUUAUUAUCAUUAUUAUUAAAUACCGAUUUGAAAAAUUUUCGAAAGUACUACGUUUUAUUUGAGAGAAAAAAAAUAAUUGUUUGUUUAUAAAUUUAGUAUGCACUUACGUGCUUUUGUUAAUAUUAUUAUUGAACGUGUUUUGCAAAAGAUUAAGUCAUUUAUUUAAUAAAAUAUUUGAAAAACAUAUUAAAACACAUUUGACGUCGUUGGUAAUAGCUAUAUAAUAACGUCCAUCAACACGGUGAGAUUGUCGAAGCGCGUUCUCUUUAUAAAAAUAAAGAAUAGUUAAUAUUUAUUAUAAUUGCAUCGAAUAAUAACUGAUAUCAAAAGAAAAAUAACAUAUUUUCUAUAAUAAAUUGUAUUUCUAUUUAUUAACAAAGAAAGA